CUGGCAAAAAAAGAAAAUAUCUGGAGGAUUUCGAAUUUCAAACAUUUAAACGUUCCCAAUUUCUGCUAUAAAGCUGCUGUUGCUGCUUCCUCUCUCUCUCUCUCUCUCAAGCCUCGCAGAUCUCUACCGAAAUCAUCAAGGGUUAGUGUUUUGGUCAUUAAGAGGGUGAAGCUAUGAAUCGUGGAGUGAGCGCCGGUGGUGGCCAGAGUUCUUUGAGCUACUUGUUUGGGGGUGAUGAAGCACCAAAGCCAGCCCAAAAGGCUACACAAUCUGCCCCAUCUGAAACACCAGCAGCAAACAAUGUGACCGCUGCGAAACCUGAUAUUACUAAGCAGAUUCCAGCUGGUAUUCAUGGUAAUCCUUCGAACAACUACUUCAGAGCUGAUGGUCAGAAUACCGGGAACUUUAUUACGGAACGACCUUCGACUAAGGUCCACAAUGCACCUGGUGGCGGAUCAUCUCUUGGAUACCUGUUUGGCGGUGACGGUAACUGAAAUGUUUGCUGUGAUGUAAUCUCAGGGGUAUCAAGUAGUAAUCACGUUUUGAACCUGUAAUCAUAAAGAUAAAUCCAAGUUUCAGAACUUGCUUUAUCAUGACAUGAGAUCUUAUUUGGUGUGGUCUGUUUGGACUGCACCCAGAAUGAAUCAAUGAGCUGAAUCUUUUAUCUGGUACCA